AUGAAGACAAAUAUACAGAGUCCUCUCACCGAAGAGAGAUUAAUUUCCUUAGCGAUACUCUCAACUAGACAAUGUUCGUUUGCAUUAUCUAUCUAUCUAUCUAUCUAUCUAUCUAUCUAUCUAUCUAUCUAUCUAUCUCUCCCAUUUUUCAUAUUUAUCCCAGUUUUUCAUAUCUAUCUAUCUAUCUAUCUAUCUAUCUAUCUAUCUAUCUAUCCCAUUUUUCUCAUUUUAUCCCAGUUUUUCAUAUCUAUCUAUCUAUCUAUCUAUCUAUCUAUCUAUCUAUCUAUCUAUCAGAGUUUUUCAUAUCUAUCUCAGUCAUUUCAUAUCUAUCUAUCGUUCCUAAUUUUUCAUAUCUAUCUAUCUAUAUAUCUAUGUAUCCGACUUUUUCAUAUCUAUCCCAGUUUUUUUUUCAUAUCUAUCUAUCUAUCUAUCUAUCUAUCUAUCUAUCUAUCUAUCCCAGUUUUUCAUAUCUAUCUCAGUCUUUUCAUAUCUAUCUAUCUAUCUAUCUAUCUAUCUAUCUAUCUAUCUAUCAUUUCUAGAUUUCAUAUCUGUCUACCAUUCCUUGUAUUUUUAUAUCUAUCUACCUAUCUAUCUAUCUAUCCCAGUUUUUCAUAUCUAUCCCAGUUUUUUCAUAUCUAUCUAUCUAUCUAUCUAUCUAUCUAUCUAUCUAUCUAUCUAUCUAUCUAUCUAUCCUAUUCUGUUCGUAUUAUCUAUGCAUCUUUAGAGACAUUUUUUCAUAAGUACAUUUACAAAUGA